AUGGAAUUCGCAUUAUUUAUGGCCUUCUACGCCUUUCUCACUCUAUCACACACAGCAAGCAUAACAGCAGACUCCAACACAGAUACAGUAGCAGCAGUUACAGAUGCCCAUCACAACUCAUCCGAAAACGGUUAUGGUUAUGAGCAACCCGAAAUUGAAUUCAAUUAUCCAAAUGACGAAAGCAACACACACACGAACUACGAAGCAUUUGAGUCGUAUAAUUACUUGGAUCAUCAAUCAGCAGAUUCUAAACUAAAGCCAGUCACCGAUGUUCCUAUGCGCUUGCUAUUAAAACAACCUAAGGCAAACACCGGCAAGUUUUGUAAACACGAACAGGAUCUACGUACGAUUGUGGAGGAACGCGAACAACGACGACCAACACCACGUCGGUUAGUGCCCUACACCGAGGUGGUAACGUACGGAUUGUAGAAUUUAUUGUGAUCUUAUUGAAGCUAAGAAGAGUAUAGAAAACCGCAAAAUUAUUGCUCAUCUGUUGAUCAAAUGACUAAGCAUAUCUUUAUUCAGCAUUAUAUAUUCCACUCAUUCGUUGCGGAUGUCAAUUUCAGCGAAAAAAAAUUAAAUUAUUA